AAGCCUCCUUAUUCAUUUCCCUGCCUAAUUGGCAUGGGCAUGCUGCACCACGGACCUGGGUCCGUGGGGGUGGCAUACAUUUACGAGUUUAUCCUUGAGCGGUUCCCUUACUUUCGCACAGCCAAAUCAGGUUGGAAAAACUCGAUUCGCCACAAUCUGAGCCUGAACAAGUAUUUCAUCAAAAUCGACCGCGAGAUUCCUGAUGCACGCAAGGGCAGUCUCUGGGCCCUCGCUCCUGGUCGUGAAGAC